AUGACAUUGGGAUCCCUGGAAAACAAGAGCAGCAUUUCCUCUACUUUCCUGCUGAGUGGCAUUCCUGGGCUGGAGCACAUGCACAUGUGGAUUUCUAUCCCACUGUGCUUCAUGUACCUGGUUUCCAUCCUGGGUAAUUGUACAAUUCUUUUUGUCAUUAAAACAGAGCCCUCGCUUCAUGAACCUAUGUACCUCUUCCUGUCCAUGCUGGCUCUGACUGACCUGGGUCUGUCUCUCUGCACUUUCCCUACAGUGCUGGGCAUCUUUUGGAUGGGGUCACGAGAUAUUGGUCAUGAUGCCUGCUUUGCUCAGCUCUUUUUCAUUCAUUGCUUGUCCUUCCUGGAGUCCUCUGUACUACUGUCUAUGGCCUUUGACCGCUUCAUGGCCAUUUGCCGCCCUUUGCAUUAUUCUUCCAUUCUCACCAACACAGUCAUCAGCAGGAUUGGCCUGGCUUCCCUGGGCCGUAGUGUAGCGCUCAUUUUCCCAUUGCCCUUUAUGCUCAAAAGAUUCCCCUAUUGUGGCUCCCCAGUCCUCUCACAUUCCUACUGUCUCCACCAGGAAGUGAUGAAACUGGCCUGUGCAGACAUCAAAGCCAACAGCAUCUAUGGCAUGUUUGUCAUUGUUUCCACAGUGGGUGUAGACUCACUGCUCAUUCUCUUCUCCUAUGCCCUGAUCCUGCGUACCGUGCUGUCCAUUGCAUCCAGGGCUGAGAGGCUCAAAGCUCUUAACACCUGUGUUUCCCACAUCUGUGCUGUGCUCCUCUUCUAUACUCCCAUGAUUGGUUUGUCCAUCAUCCACCGCUUUGGGAAGCAGGCACCUCAUUUGGUCCAGGUGAUCAUGGGCUUUGUAUAUCUUCUAUUCCCUCCCCUGAUGAACCCAAUUGUCUACAGUGUGAAGACCAAACAGAUCCGAGAUCGUGUGACCCAUGCCUUUUGUCGCUAG